AUGCCCAGUCACUGGUACAGCAGUAGUUGUGAUAUGUACAAAGCUCAAGUUUUAGUUGGUGCUUUAAUCAAAUUCAAAAGUCAUUUGUAUUUUGAAGAAAAAGAUUUAGUACAAGAAACAGAAAAAAGUUUGACGGAUAACGACAACAGCAAGAUUAUACUUUACAAAAAUGGUGUUUGUUAUAAUGUCGCAUGGCAAGAUAUAUACGAAGGCGUCUACUAUCCAGCCGUGUCAAUAUAUAAAAAUGCAACAGUGUCUAUCAAUUUUGGUCCUGACUUUAAGUACCCACCAAAGGACCUGACAUAUCUUCCUGUACAAGCCAUGGCUUCACAGGCUAUGGUUGAACACACAUUAGCUGAUAUGAUCUAUCAUAUCGAACAUGAACAGGAAUAUAUAGAUGUGGCAGCAGCUGCCUUUUGUUAAAAGCACACCUAAUCAUCCUUGGGAUAAAUGUGAAGGAGACCAUCUAUGUGCCUUUUGUUAAAAGCACACCUAAUCAUCCUUGGGAUAAAUGUGAAGGAGACCAUCCAUGUGCCUUUUGUUAAAAGCACACCCAAUCAUCCUUGGGAUAAAUGUGAAGGAGACCAUCUAUGUAUAUCAAUGAUUUAUAUAGACAGUCUGUUACAUAUAUCAUGCAACUGGUUGAGAUGGAUUACUUGGCUAAUAAUGUGAAGAUACAGACGCAGUGUGCAGAAUUUUUUUGGGUCACUUCCAGAGCUCCAUUCUAUCUAUUUGGGGAAGAGUUAAUUCAGAGUUUGUUAGAAUGACCCAGGUGACAUUGUUUGACAAUCCUGAUAAACAUUUAUAAUUAAUGUCACACUGUAAUAUGUCAAUUUCCACAAACAUCUGAGUAGAACAAGCGUUCUCAGGAUAAUUUGAUUUUAUGUCAUAUUUACCAGCAAUUCAUAUCAUGUCUUUUGCACUUUUUUUUUCAUGUUUGAUGUCAGACAUACAUUGCAUCCAAAAAUGAAUGAAAUAGAUUGUGAUCUUAAUCUACUAAGAUGCAAAAAAAGUAUAGUAUAUCCCUGUAUAUAGUCUUAUAAAAGAUGAAAUUUAUAAAAAAAAAAAAUAUUUGUUCAUAGCAUAAUGAAAUGAAGGUGAUAUCUUAUAUUCAUUUUAAGCAGAAUAAACUUUUUCAACUUGUCAUGCAUUAACAAUUUUAGAACAAUGCCAGUAUAGGAUUUUUAGGAAAUGUUAAAUCUGUGGUAAAAACAACUCAUCUAAAAUGGUGAGAUUGUUCCUAAUGGUAGGGGAAAGUCAUCAAAAUGCAUUGUGGAAUUAAAGACUUUGCUUGAUUAAAUUUACUUGGUCAAAAAA